GAGCGGCAGGUAACAGCGAGUGGAGCAGUGGAGCUCUCUCCUCUCUCUCUCUCUCUUUCUGGCCAAGGUGGAUGGAGUUGGGAGCCUUCUCUGGACACUGAGCUGAGUCCUUUCCCCAGUAGCUGGAUACUUCUGUUGGGGGCUGGGGGGCUGCAAUUGGCUGUGAGCUCGGUGGGACACGGUUCGGCCCCUCAGGCACCAUGUUCCAGCCUGCAGGAAAGCGCUGCUUCACCAUCGAAUCGCUGGUGGCAAAGGACAAUCCCCUGAGCUCCGAGGAGCCCCUGAGACCGGCGGCCCUCCCCUACCCUGGGGCCCCAGCAGAAGCCUUUGUCAGCGGAUUCCCCAGCCCAGCCGGACGGUCCCUCUAUAACAACCCGGAGCUUGUGUUCCCUGAGACUGUCAGCCACCCACCCCUGACUGUGCACCCCCACCAGCUGGGGGCAUCUCACCUACAGCACCCACACUCAUUCUUCGCACCCCAGCACAGGGACCCUCUCAACUUCUACCCCUGGGUGCUCAGGAACAGGUUCUUUGGGCACAGAUUUCAAGGCGGCGACGUUUCCCAGGAGAGUUUGCUCCUACACGGCCCAUUCGCCAGGAAACCCAAACGGAUCAGAACGGCCUUCUCCCCGUCUCAGCUGCUCAGGCUGGAGAGGGCAUUUGAGAAGAACCAUUAUGUGGUGGGGGCUGAACGGAAACAGUUGGCCAGCAGCCUCAGUCUGUCUGAGACCCAGGUGAAGGUUUGGUUCCAGAACAGAAGGACAAAAUACAAAAGGCAGAAGUUGGAAGAGGAAGGUCCAGAUUCUGAUCAGAAGAAAAAAGGUUCUCAUCACAUCAACCGGUGGCGAUUGGCCACCAAACAGCCCAAUGGGGAAGACAUUGAUGUUACCUCCAAUGACUAGUAGGGUCACGUGUGCGAGUCAAUGUAGGGAUCAGACUGGAAACAAACUCCCAAGGAACUCACUGAUACCGAAUCGGAACAGUCUUGCUCAGACGCCAAGGAGGACUAUUAGAGACCUGCUAACACCUAGGCCCAAGGGCAGCAGGAUUAACCCGCAGGAGGAGCAACACGCGCACUUGUUCUAUGAAGGACGGAGGUGGACUGGUCCACCCAAUGGCUGAUCUCUCUCAUGAACUUUUGUCAGCCACAAGCCGUCUAUCAGCAACUGGUCGAAACAAAAUGUCUCACCUGUCCUCUGUCUUUUUUUCGGCUUUUUUUUUUCCCUUUUUGCUAAUUUUUAAUUUAUUUUCUUUUCCUAAUAUAAAAAAGUAGCUAUUACCAAUUUAGUGCUUAAAUGUGUGUUAAUAAAUAUCAUAUGGAUACAUCAA